AUGCUGGUGGACCGGUUCUGCUUCUCUGUUCCAGCAGUUGUUGUGUCCUCAGCAGACAACAAGCUGGUGACUGUAGCAGGAAAGGAGGAGGAGGAGGAAGAGGAAGAGGAGGAGGACGAGGAGUAUGCAGUGGAGAAGGUUUUGGACUGCAGAGUGGUGAAGGGAAGAGUAGAGUUUCUGCUGAAAUGGAAGGGGUUCUCAGAUAAGAAUAACACACGGGAGCCGCAAGACAACCUGGACCUGGACCUUAUAACCGAGUACAUGCAGAAACAAGAGGAGGAAAAGGAGGACAAGAGGAAAGGUGUCAGGGAGGCCUCGGGAGACUCAGAGGAGCGAGGGAGCAAGAGGAAGAAGGAGAAACGGAGAGGAAGAGAAGUCAAGCAUCACCACUGUCAGGACUGUGACAAAACCUUCACAACAUCAGGAUAUUUAAAGAUCCAUCGGAGAGUUCACACUAGAGAGAAGCCGUACAGCUGUGAUCAAUUCUGA